AUGGAAUCUGGAAUCGCUCAGAACAAGGCAAAGAUUGUUGAGAAUGCACUUGUAUGUUUCGAAUCAGUGAAUGGGUCAUGCGAAAGAGCAAUCCUUCCUUCAACGAUACAAGUAUUGCUUUACCUCUUCCUCGGUUCGAUGUCCAUUCUCACAGUUUGUGGCAACCUCCUUGUAGUCAUCCCAGUUAUUCACUUCAAGCAGCUUCACACUCCAACCAACUACCUCAUCCUCUCUCUGGCUGUGUCAGACCUGCUUUUAGGGGUGAUUGUGAUGCCUCCCAGCAUGGUAUAUUCCCUGGAAGGAUGCUGGUACUUUGGAGAUUUAUUCUGUAAAAUAUAUACCAGCACUGAUAUCAUGUUAUGCACUGCAUCCAUUCUGAAUUUGUCUUUUAUUUCUAUUGACCGGUAUUUCGCAGUGUGUCGCCCUCUCCUUUAUGGGACUAAAAUAACUGUGCACGUUGUGGUGGCCAUGGUCCUGCUCACCUGGAGUGUUUCUGCCCUUGUAGGGUUUGGCAUAAUAUUUCUGGAGCUCAAUAUUUGGGGCAUUGAGGAGUUUUACUAUAAAUAUGUGGCCUGUGAGGGAAGAUGUGCUUUAUUUCAGAACCAAGUAUCGAGCAUUGUGUCUUCAGUGAUCUCCUUCUACAUCCCUGGAGUGGGGAUGCUCAGCCUCUACCUAAAGAUUUUCCUCGUAGCGCAGAGACAGGUACGCUCACUUCAGGGCACAGCUGAACACAACUCUGUAGGCAAAUCACAGAGGAAGGCCACUAAAACACUUGCUGUCAUUAUGGGGGUGUUUCUUUCAUUCUGGACACCCUUUUUUGUCUGCAACUGCAUUGACCCCUUUGUUAGUUACUCUGUUCCACCGGGUUUGUUUGUAACAUUUGUAUGGAUUGGCUAUUUGAAUUCAACUAUUAAUCCCAUGGUGUAUGCAUUCUUUUACAGUUGGUUCAGGAGGGCAUUAAAAAUGAUAAUUUCUGCAAAAAUCUUUCAACCUGACUCUUCAAUACUGCAAUUGUUUUCAGACUAA